GUUAAUCUCGUGCUUACACGUACAUUGGUAGUGACUUCCCCUUGAUUAUUUUGCUCCCUCAACACGUGUUUAGAACAGACAUGGGACUUCAAAGGAUUGUCCAGCCCAAAACCCAGAGAGGGAAAAGGGCUUUGGAGCACAAAGAACCCAAAAUACAUGAAAAUAUCAAGACAUCCCUGCUUUUGAAAGGAGGAAACACAAGUCUUUUAGUGACACAAGUAUUAAAGGAACUGCAUAUGUUGAAGAAGCCACAUUCUGUUCUUUUUAAAAAGAAGAAUAUCACCAGACCUUUUGAAGAUCAAAACUCAUUAGAAUUCUUCUCAACCAAGGCAGAUGCUUCUCUUUUUGCAUUUGGCUGUCAUUCUAAAAAGAGACCUAACAACCUGAUAAUAGGUCGCAUGUUUGAUGGACAUGUUCUGGACAUGGUUGAGUUUGGAAUUGAAAAGUUUGUUUCCAUGUUGGAAUUUAAGGGUGAAAAAUGUGUUUUUGGUGUGAAACCUUGCCUGGUCUUCUCUGGACAGGCCUUUGAACAAGACUCUGAAUAUCAACGAAUACGCAACUUGUUUACAGACUUUUUCAAGGGUCCUGUUGUUGACAACGUAAGAUUGGCAGGUCUUGAGCAUGUUAUUUCAGUGACAGCAUCAGGAAGGAAAUUCUAUAUCCGAAAUUACAGAAUUUUGCUGAAAAAAUCAGGAAGUCGCACACCAAGAGUGGAACUUGAGGACAUGGGCCCUUCUCUUGAUUUGGUCAUGCGUCGUACAAAACUUGCUUCUGAUGACCUGUUCAGACGUGCACUUAAGCAACCAAAGACAGCCAAGCCAAGAAAGAUCAAGAAUAUCUCCCACGAUGCAUUUGGCUCCAAACUUGGCCGUAUUCACAUGACAAAACAGGAUCUUAGCAAGCUGCAGACACGAAAAAUGAAAGGGUUGAAAAAACGGCCAUUUGAAUCCUCAGGAGAAGCAGCAGAGACGUCGGGUACAGAGACAACAAGUCCGGUAGCAAAGAAAGCCAAACAAACUGCAACUUGAUGAAGACAUGAGAACAAUGAAACUUUUUGUUUUGUUUUUGUUUUUUUUUUUAAAUUUUAGGGCGAGGGGUAUGUAGCUUGUUGAAUUAAUGGACCUGAGUGUUUUAUUCA